UUGGCUUCACUUGCGGAGGCGGGCUGAGUGCUGUCCAACAGUUUACUGAGAGCUGGAGACCUACAAACUCAAUUUCUGUGGCUCUGUAAAUGAAGUGUAAACCUGACAGACCCGGAGCCUAGUUGUGAUGGCGCAGGACGUUACAAAUUUCACUGGAGAGGACUAUUUAGAGGGGAAAUCACCCUGUUGUUCAGACACAGGAGCUUUGAGCGAAGGAGACAAAGAAUAUGACGACAUCUUGGAGCUUAAUCAGUUUGAUGGACUGCCUUAUUCCUCCAGGUUUUACAAACUGCUGAAAGAAAGGAAGGAACUGCCAGUGUGGAAAGCAAAGUGUGAAUUCAUGGACACUUUGGCCAAAGAACAGUUUGUUGUUGUCAGUGGCUCUGCCAAAACUGGAAGGAGCUCUCAAAUACCUCAGUGGUGUGCUGAAUUCUGCCUGUCAGUCCAGUUCCAGCACGGCAUGGUGGUUUGUACCCAGAUUCAUGCACAACAGGCUGUAGAUCUCGCCCUCAGAGUGGCUGACGAGAUGGAUGUCAACAUCGGUCACGAAGUUGGGUACAACAUCCCUCUUGAAAGUUGCUGCACUAAUGACACAGUCCUCAGAUACUGCACGGAUGACAUGCUUCUGAGGGAGAUGAUGUCAGACCCUUUGCUCGCACACUACGGUGUUGUGGUCGUGGAUCAGGCCCACCAGAGGACUGUAGCCACUGAUGUUCUCCUGGGUCUGCUGAAGGACAUCGUCCUGCAGAGGCCAGAGCUCCGUGUGGUCCUCCUUACAGCUUUCCCACCCAGCCCCAAGAACCCGGCCCACUUUACCGGGUCGGCAGCGCGUUUGAUUCACCUGGAGACCCCGGGUGCAGGGGAGGUGGUGUACAGCAGCACAGGCGACGGCUACUUCUGCUCUGCUCUCCGUCUCGUGCUGGAAAUCCAUCGCUCCAGAGAGCAGGGGGAUGUGGUUGUGUUUUUGGUGACAACGCAGGAGAUAGAUCUGGCCCACAACAUCCUGUGCCAUGAGAGGAAGAGCUUACCCAUCGAUCUGGGUGAGCUACUGCCAAUAGCUGUGCACCCUGGGCAGUCUGGGAGUCUGCCUGUCCUGGGGGAAGAGGAGACCAGCCAGACCCGCCGAGUGUUCCUCAGUUCAAGCCCAAAUGAGGACUUUUUCUGGGCUGUUAGCUCGAUAAGCUUUGUUAUUGAUGCCGGGCUUGAGAAAAGAUAUGUCUACAACCCCAGGAUCAGAACAAACUCAGUCAUCAUUCAGCCUAUCAGCACCGGUCAAACCGAGAGUCGAAGGCAACUGGCAGGUCCAGCAGGCAAGUGUUUCUGUCUGUAUCCAAAGGAUAGACAACUUCCUACUCAGAUACGCCCGCAUAUUGUGGAGUCUGACAUCACAUCCACUGUGCUGUUCUUGAAGAGGAUGGAGAUCGCCGGACUGGGUCACUGCGAAUUCAUAGACAGACCAGAUCCUGCAGGCCUCAUGCAGGCUUUGGAGGAGCUCGACUACCUAGCAGCUCUGGAUAAUGACGGCAACCUGUCUGAGAUGGGCAUCAUCAUGUCUGAGUUCUCCUUGGAGCCACAGAUGGCAAAGACCGUGCUCGCCUCCUGUGAGUUUGACUGCGUCAGCGAGGUAGUCAUCAUUGCUGCUAUGCUAUCAGCGCCAUCUUGCUUCAUGGUUCCUUCUGUGGAGCUGAAACCAGAGGCAACCCAGUGCUAUAUGAAGUUCCAGCACCCAGAGGGAGACCACUUCACCCUGAUUAAUAUCUACAAGGCUUUUAAACAGUGCCAGCAGGAUCCAUACUGUAAUAUAGAGAAGUGGUGUCAAGACUUCUAUCUGGACCACAAUGCUUUGCUGAUGGCCGACGGGAUUCGCAGUGAGCUCACCGACACCCUGAAGAGGAUCGAGCUGCCCAUUUCAGUGCCCGCCUUCGGUUCCCGAAGCAACACUGUCAACAUUAAGAGAGCCCUCUUAGCAGGCUUCUUCAUGCAGGUGGCACGUGAUGUGGAUGGAUCUGGGAACUACUUUAUUUUAACCCACAAGCACGUGGCGCAGAUCCAUCCUCUGUCUGGCUACGGAGCCAAGAGUCCCAAGCUGGGCCUGCCUGAGUGGGUGUUGUUCCACGAACACUCCUUUUCAGAGGACAACUGCCUCCGCACCGUAACCCACAUAACACCACAGGAGUUCAUUCAGAUGGCACCACAGUACUUUUUCUACAACUUACCAUCGAGUGAGAGCAAAGACAUCCUGCAAAACAUUUUGAACCACAGGGCUUCUCAGUACCAAGAAGAGAAACCACCAGAAUCACAAAAGGAAUCCCAUGAGGAUCAGACUCCUGACCGCUGUGUUAUACAGUGACUAACAGACCCACCGUUUCAAGUUAUUGGGACUUUUUGCACUAUAUAGUACAGAAACAGACUGGAUCCCUAUAAUUGUAUUACUUUCUUUUUGUGGCGCAGUUACUGUGCC